GCUUGGGGACAUAACCAACGCACAGAAUCAAGAUUUUGGUUCUAAAAAAAGGACAAGAGUUCUUGAAGACGGUGAGUGCCACAACAUAUUAGUUGAUUCAAUUACAAUAUCUGGAAAACUAAUUCUUAGAUGUAUGUGUGCACGUCUGUUUCUUAGAUGAUGAUCUAAGAAACGUUAGGCGUCAAAAAGCUAGAGAUCGUUAUGCGAAUAUGCCGCCAGAUAAGAAGGCAAAACUUAAUGCAAAGAAAAGGGAAAACUAUGAUCGAAAGAAGGCAGAGAAGCAAUCUGUAGGAUUGACGGAUACACCCCAGUCGGCAUUGUUACAUGCUGAUGGAAUUCCAUGUUUGGUGGACACACCGAAGUCGGCGGUGAUCCACAUUGCUGGAACUGCAGGACUGUUAGGCACCCCACACUCAGAUCUAUUGCAUUUGGAUGGAACUGCGGUUUUGAAUGGAGCUGCUGGUGUUGGUGCAAGUGAGCAAAUACACAUGCCCAUGAGUCAAUACGAAACUGGUUUGUCCAAUGAUUACAGUUAAUUUAUAUGUAUAGAAGAAUAGAUUUCAAUGUGCUUCGGAUGGAAUUCCAUGUUUCAAUGUGAAAUUGCAACCCACUAUAUAUC